CGGCAGGAGAGACCUUCCUCCCCUACUACACCGGCCGGGCCAUUGACGGCAUCGUCAUCCAGAAGAGCAUGGAGCAGUUCAGCACGGCCGUCAUCGUCAUGUGUGCGCUGGCCAUCGGCAGCUCAUUUGCCGCAGGUAUUCGGGGCGGCAUUUUUACCCUCAUAUUUGCCAGACUGAACAUUCGCCUUCGAAACCGUCUCUUCCGCUCACUCGUGUCUCAGGAGACGAGCUUCUUUGACGAGAAUCGUACAGGGGACCUCAUCUCCCGCCUCACCUCGGACACCACCAUGGUCAGCGACCUGGUCUCCCAGAACAUCAACAUCUUCCUGCGGAACACGGUCAAAGUCACGGGCGUGGUGGUCUUCAUGUUCAGCCUCUCGUGGCAGCUGUCCUUGGUCACCUUCAUGGGCUUCCCCAUUAUCAUGAUGGUGUCCGACAUCUACGGCAAGUACUACAAGAGGCUCUCCAAAGAGGUCCAGAAUGCCCUGGCCAGAGCCAGCAGCACGGCCGAGGAGACCAUCAGCGCCAUGAAGACGGUGCGGAGCUUUGCCAACGAGGAGGAGGAGGCGGAGGUGUACUCGCGGAAGCUGCAGCAGGUGUACAAGCUGAACAGGAAGGAGGCUGCCGCCUACACGUGCUACGUCUGGGGCAGCGGGAUCACGCUGCUGGUGGUCCAGGUCAGCAUCCUCUACUACGGGGGCCACCUCGUCAUCUCGGGGCAGAUGACCAGCGGCAAUCUCAUUUCCUUCAUUAUCUACGAGUUUGUCCUGGGCGACUGUAUGGAGUCCGUGGGCUCCGUCUAUAGUGGCCUGAUGCAAGGAGUAGGGGCUGCAGAGAAGGUGUUCGAGUUCAUUGACCGGCAGCCAACCAUGGUGCAUGACGGGAACUUGGCCCCUGACCACCUGGAGGGCCGGGUGGACUUUGAAAAUGUGACCUUCAGCUACCGCACUCGGCCCCACACUCAAGUCUUGCAGAAUGUCUCCUUCAGCCUGUCCCCAGGAAAGGUGACUGCGCUCGUGGGGCCGUCAGGCAGUGGGAAGAGCUCCUGCGUCAACAUCCUGGAGAACUUCUACCCGCUGGAGGGGGGCCGCGUGCUGCUGGACGGGAAGCCCAUCAGCGCCUAUGACCACAAGUACUUGCACCGAGUGAUCUCCCUGGUGAGCCAGGAGCCGGUGCUGUUCGCCCGCUCCAUCACAGACAACAUCUCCUAUGGCCUGCCCACCGUGCCCUUCGAGAUGGUGGUGGAGGCUGCACAGAAGGCGAAUGCCCACGGCUUCAUCACGGAGCUCCAGGACGGCUACAACACAGAGACGGGGGAGAAGGGUGCCCAGCUGUCGGGGGGCCAGAAGCAGCGAGUGGCCAUGGCCCGGGCUCUGGUGCGGAACCCACCUGUCCUCAUCCUGGAUGAAGCCACCAGUGCCCUGGAUGCAGAGAGCGAGUACCUGAUCCAGCAGGCCAUCCACGGCAACCUGCAGAAGCACACGGUGCUCAUCAUCGCGCACCGGCUGAGCACGGUGGAGCGGGCGCACCUCAUCGUGGUGCUGGACAAGGGCCGCGUGGUGCAGCAGGGCACCCACCAGCAGCUGCUGGCCCAGGGCGGCCUCUAUGCCAAGCUGGUACAGCGCCAGAUGCUGGGGCUCGAGCCUGCCUCGGACUACACAGCCGGCCACCCGGAGCCCCCGGGCAACGGCAGCCACAAUGCCUGACCUGGGCCCUGCCUCUCCCGGUGGGGCAGAGGCCCCGGCGCCUGCCUGGCAAAUGUGCCCUGGGGGGCCCCCCCGCUGCCCUCCAAGCCCAGGCCCAUGGCACCGGAGGGCCACCUGCCGUGUCUCACGUGUCACCGCUUCCUGCAUCUUGCCCCUGGUUCCCACCCUGUUCCCCCAGCCACCACCGGCCCCCUGCUGCCAUGAGCCAACCCUCCAGGCUGGGCGGUGGAGACACCACUGGUCUGUCCAUCUGGUCUCCCACGGUUUCUAAGUGAAGGUACAGCUACCUUUUUAAACCAAGAUCUUAACCAGGUUUUUUACUGUUUGGUUUGAUGGGCCCCAAUCAACUCCUAGAUUUCAAAAACAUUUUUCUAAUUGGGAGUAACGAUGGGCAAUUCACUGAGAAGUUCUAGAAACUUCAGAGCCGGGAGUGAAUGACCCUUCCUAAGGGCCUGGGGGAUGUCAGGGGAGGGGUAGGCCUCUACCCUUUGGCCCUGGAGAGAAGGGGCUUUCCUGUCCCAGAAGGGGACACUGGGGAGGAGGCUUCCUGUCUCUCCGUCUUCCCAGUUUUGUGAGUCGGGCCGAGGCGGGGCGGGUAGUGGAUGCCUGCCUGCCCACCGCCUCCAAAUCUCAGCCAGUCUCACUGUGAACCACUAUGAACCUUAACUGGGGGAGUGAGGGGCUGGCCAGGCCUGGUGGAGCCUGGGGUGUCCCCGGCCCAGCACCCUGCUUGACCCUUCACCCUGCCUUGCCCCCAACCCCCUCUCUCCCCUCCCCCGGGCUGGCAGCCCCCUCCCCACAUCUGCCCCAUGCUCUUGCUGUUCUGAGGCCCUUUGGAUGUUUGGGAGAUGCGUUCUCUUCCUUGCCCGGUGGGCGGGACUCUGGCAAAGCCCAGGUCUGGCUUGGCCGGGGGGUGUUGCAAGAUGCCGGGAGAACCCGGUCAAUAAAGUAUACUACCUCUGA